GUAAAAAGAAAUCAAUUGAUUUUUGCUAGCACUUUCAGAAGAUAAUGAGAUUGGAUAUUGGAUAGUGUGUACUGGGUUAUUCAAGACGGGCGUCACUUAUAAUUUCCACUAGCUUGUGGGAUAUGCUAACUAUCGUUUUACAGUAAUAAUUAACGGACUCUUGAUGACUGACAGCUGUAUAGCACAAAUACGUGAAUUCAAUCGUGUUAUUUGGGGUGGAUCCGAUGUGAAAACAGAUUUGUUUAAACGUUGGUGUCAAGGAUUUUCAUUUAGCCCUGUUGAGUUUAGUGCUUUAGUACAAUCAACAGGUGGUCCAUGUGCUGUCAUAGCUACUACUCAAGCCACGAUUAUGUACGAAGUGUUGUUCAUUCGUAAACAGAACCUUGCCGAUAUUACUGAUGUUGACAAUAUGGACAUCCUACUUAGUGCACUCUUAAGAAUAAUUAUGUUGGUUUCAAGUGAUCGCCAAAGUCAGUUUUGUUGGGUCUACUGGUGCGAAGAUGAAGAACCAGCAAGUUCUGAGUCCUCUAUUCAAGAUGAAAAAUGUACCACCAGUGAUUUUAUCGUUUGCAAUAAAUCAUUGGAUCCUAACAGAAAUCAACUUUCAGAAUGCAAUUUUCAGAAAUUUAUUCAUGGUUUAAAGUGCUUCGAAGCCGAGACUGUUGAAGAACUUCGCGCAGUUGCUUUCUCUUUACUACCUCAAAUAAAAUCACAGUAUGGAGUAUUAUGCUUCCUUUAUUCUGUUUUGUUCACACAUGGACUUCAAUCACUUAUAAAUGAAAUGAAUGGUGAAAUGGAUGCCUUGAUUGACCCCAUUCAUGGGCAUGCUAGUCAGUGUUUGAUUAAUUUAUUAAUUACUGGAGAAAGCACGCCAUAUUUAUUUGAUGGGGAGCGAGAUCUUGGAGGAUUUACAUUAAAAGGUAUAUCCAGGCAACCGAAAACUGGUUUCUUGACUUUUGUUGAAGCGAUGAGAUAUUGUGAAGUUGGAUGGUUUUUGAAAAAUCCAUGUUACCCAGUGUGGGUUUUGGGUUCGGAAACACACUUAACUGUCUUGGCGUCACCAGAUAUGUCGUUAGUAUCGAAAAAUGCAACAUCAGAAAAUAACUCCAGCAUAUCGGGUAUACGUCAAGCUGAAAUUGAAUUCAAUUAUCUCAGCCCGGAUCAAGAUACGGGAGGCUUUAUCAGUUCAGUUGAUUUCGAAAAAUUAUUGACCAAAUUGCAAUUGCCUACAGGACCUUUACAAGUGAAUGAUUUGGUCACAAAACUAGAUCCUGAAGGUUUGGGAAUCAUUUUGAAGAGAGAUUUCUUACAGUUCUUUUUCCCCGAAGAAAUGGCAAAACGCGCCACUGACGUUAUUAGCUUUCAGCUAAUCCAUUACAAUGGUCUGGAGCACUCUAAUAGUGAUGGCCGGGUUCGGUACAGUAUUGGUGAAGCCCAUUUAAUAGAUCCUACAGAAGAGCUUGUUGAAACUCAGCCUGUUGAUCAAAGUCCUAUACAGCAGUGCUUGGCAACAAAAUGGCCUACAAUACGAAUCAAAUGGAACGUAAACAGAAGUCCAUCGCUAAACUAAAUUACUUGUAAUAUAUUACAGUAGCAGCUCAUCAUUAUUACCCAAAUGCUUUCAAAUUAACAGUUGUACAGUUUAUUAAUAUGUAAACAAAAUGAAGUGCUUUUAUGUACGUUGCCAUGUUUUAACAUAUUUAAUCGCCUCG